AUGGAGGAUGACUAAUGUUUGGAUAAUCAAUUCAAUGACAUUUUAAGUAUUUAGCACGCGUACUUGUUCUCGUAAGAGAGAAACACUAAGACGACUGUAACGUUUAUCAGUAAUUUGUGAACGCAAAAUUUGCAUUUCGAAAAUUCUAUAUGCAGAAGGUGAAUCACAUAAAGUGUUCCCAUUCGGUUUAUUCUACCAUAACUAAGGAGAAGCAAUUAUUUAUAUGCGUAGCUUUCUCCUCAAAGACCUUCAAACGUGAAUAUUUUGUUCAAGUACGAAACUAUAUGCUAUUUAAUUCAAUUUUCUUUCGGAUGUUCAGGCCAAUAAACGUCGAAUCUAUAGUUUCAGGAAUGUGUGAAACUUAACCAGAGGCCUUCACUUUCUAAAAUUUUUUUAUUAAUGUAUUAAUAAAUUAAAAGAUAAUGAAAAAUUGUACAUACAAUUCUUACAAAACUACGUUAAAACAUAACAAUUUAUUUUUUCCUAAAUUAUUAUUUUAUUCGAUAGAGUUACUUAACGAUUUGUAGUAUAUUAAAGUAUUUUAACUAUUAUGAAGUGUAUACAUUCAUAACGGAUAAAGAAGGGUCUUUCCAUUAAAGGAUACAUUACUGGUAUGUGCAAUGUUGCCAAAGCGAACAGUAUUUUGGUCCGCAUUCAACAUUCCCCUGUUCAACCGAUAGAGGAACAGCGCUGUGGGUUGUUUGUCAAUAUCUUCGAGUUAGUUGAUUUUUACUGGCUUUUCUGUGUAAAGCAAUCAUUUUACGAUGACACGAAAGACCGAAAAAAUAUCCUGACUGUAAAUGUGUCAGAGUGUAUAGUGUAUAUGUAUAAAGUAUACGGAUAAUACUGUCAAGGAGAACGUCGUAUAUGUGCAAUAAUGCUACUUUUAUAUGCAAGUCAGGAAUUCCAUCUGUUUCAUUAAGAAAAAGAAUGUUUGGAACCUUUGCAUUACAAGAAACAUUUAAUUUCUCCUGAAUUAAUUUGUUUCAAGUUGUACAUUACCAUGGAUAUUCAAUAAGAAAACAAGUUUUCCAAGUGAAAAAGUAAAAAUUUAUAUUAUAGAAGAAAAAAAAGAUAGAUAACCCUUAAUAAAAGAAAAGUUCCAUAAAUUGGCACUUUCAAUCGGUACAACCUAAAAAAUGUACAUCAGAAUGAUACAACAAAGGAAUAUAAGUAGUCCAUAUAGUAAAGAUGAAUACAUUCAACAACUGUUUAUCUUGUUUAGUUGAUGCAAAGACCAUUGUCUUAGACAAUUCUCGAUUAACUUUAUUGCAUAUCUUUAUUCUUGCUCUUUCGGAGCAAUCUUAUUGUCGUAAAGUACCCAGUGUUCAUAAAAUCACUUUUAAUGAGGCUGAAAGCACGUAUAGGAAGGCAAACUCUCUUUUGAGAAGGUACAGUGUUCUACAACUGACUUUCAUGAACAAUGAACCAUUCGGGAAGUGGAAAACGUCAGGCGAAGGUUUUGGAAGAAAACUAUUGGGACUGCAGUGUCUGCACGUAUAGAAAUACCGCAGAAGCAUUUAAGUGCCUCAUGUGUGACGUCCGUAAAGGAACUUCUACGCGGAAACCCCGCAUUAAUCCCCAACUUGUGGCACAGCAGGUUGCACAGCAACAAUAUGUACCACUGUUAAAGCCAGGAAAAAAAGAAGGUGGGGGUGGUGGUAGCACGGCUACUAGUGGUAAAGAGAAAGACCGCAAAUUGGACAAACCAAGACGUAAAAGCAGGCAUCCACCUCGUCUUAAAAAUAUAGACCGUAGUACAGCUCAAACCAAUGAAGUGACAGUAAAUAAUGUUACUGUCGUUAUUACGGAAUACAAGCCCAAAGUAAAGAAAAGUUCAGAUCAAUCUGGUUUAUCUAGCAGUGCUUCUUCUGAAAAUGGAAGUCAACAUGAUUCUAACCAAGACUCUAGAAGUUUGGAUAUAGGAACUGAUGCUUAGCUCAACGCGAUAUAUCACAUAUAUGUAUGAAUUAAUCUAAUUAAUAUAUUAUAUAAUGUAUGUCAAUCUCUAUGGACUAUGGUAAAUCUUGUGGACAAAAGCAACUAUUUUUUCUAUAUGUUGCAGGUUAUAUAACAUUCAAUGAGGUCAGAUGUUUUAUGCUAUCAGUGGAAUCAUUGAAUUUUUAUGACUUCAAUGUAGCAUAAGAAUUGUGUAGUGUAUUAUUAUUUUAUAUAAAUAUCAAAAUUACCUGUUCCGUAACAAAUCUAGUUCAUAUUCAGAAGCAGCUACUGAAGUUGUACUUAAUGUUAUUUAUUCCAUAGUUUGAAAGUAUUCUAAAUUACAAGUUUUAAGGUUUAACGCAAUAUUUUAGAUAAUUUUAUUUGUACAACUUCGGAUAUUACUUAUUCUACUUAUAUAGUAUUGACUGUAUGUGCAUUAAUAUUACAAAUGGAAUUUUAUAUAUCCAUUGUUGACAUAAUAAUGUCCACAUGACUUUCAUUGAAUCUAUAACACCACUGCCAGAAAGCAUGUUGUAAGAUUAUUGUUAAUUAGAAUGUUUUAAUCGACUCAUUUAUGUAUGAGUUAUUUAAUUUGUUUAUUUAAUAAUUACUGUGACAGCGAACUCAGAAACUGGCAUUGGUACGUAUAUACCUUUAUCCCAUUCCAAAAUUAUCUGUAUAUGAAUUUCAUUUGUUGUAAGCUUUAUACUUUCAUAGCAAUCAAUACUAAUCAUAUAGAAGUUUCCAGUUUAUAUACAUGAAAGAUUUUGCAGUUAAAAUACAUAACAUACUAUAAAAUAAUACUAUACGGUUUUAUAAAUUUUAGAAAAUAUUUGAUUUUAUAAUAAAAGAGUUCAUCAAUUCUGAUUUUUCCUAUUUCUUUUUAUUGCGUGAAAAUACGUUAUAAAUAAUGUUUACACUUCUUUAUACAAUAUACAUUAAUGAUAUCAAAGUAUACAGAUUUCCUGUAUCAAUUGGAGAGAAUGAACAAUCUAUUAGAUAUUAAUUUCUAUGACCAGUAAUAUCAUUGAAAUUGGAAUUCUACAAUGGGAAACUUUUUCUUUUAGUAUUGGUAUUAUAUUAUAAUCGACUAUAUAAGCUAUCGAGCUUGCACAUGUUAGUAACUGCCCAAUCACUUUUAACUGUGAUUUAUUUUUACACAUUUUACGUUACCAGGUAAUAAAUACAUUACCGAAUUGAAUCGCAAAAAAUUUAUUGACUGUAAGGACCACAAAAUAAUGAAAUUACUUUAUAAGUGUAUAAAAUUACAAAAUGUCAUACAAACAAUUGUUUCUACAUUUAUGUAAAAUAGUAGUAUGCCAAUUAGAUUGAAAUAUAAAAUUUAAUUUGUUAUUAAAUUAUUAAUCUGCUUUACAAAUCUGAAAGUAAACAAUACUUUUUGCAAAUAUUUAUACAUAAGUACGAUAUUAUUCAGAUAAUAAAAUUAUUGAUGGAAUACAUAAUCAUACAACAUUAAGAAGAAUUUAUAAUACAAGUAACAUCCUUGUACUACAUUUCAUAGUUAGUGUCUCAUAAGUAACAUCAAAAUUUUAGAUUUUUUAUAAUGCAAAUGUGAAAUUUCUACUAACAAGAAAUGGUUUUAGUUUACGUUUUUACUUUCCUUUAAUUCAUAAAAUAUUAUUUUCACUUUAAGUAUAUAAUCUUCAUGUACAUAUUAAUUUCACAAGAAAACGAAAUAAUGAAGUGAAGAAUAUGAAGAAAUAUCUUAAAAUUCUAUUAAAAUAUCAUUUCAAAACAGUGUAUUCUUAAAAUUGUUACUUUACCGUAUAUAAUUUGGGUAUUCAUAUUUUACAGUAUAAUAGAUAUUUAGUAAAUAUUAAAAACAUAAAUUUUUGAAUAAUUCGAUCAUUUUUCGUAUUUUUAUGAUAUUGGAUUAAUGCAAAUCAAAAAUAUAUACUGAUUGCCUUGACUAUAUAAGAAUAUGUUAAACCAAAUAAAAUUGGAUUUCUGUGUGUUGUAAAUUAUUAGGAAAUUACUAUGUUGUACAGAUUGUAAAACUUUCAAAAAUCACUGUUGGGACUAACAUUAUAUUAUUACAAGAAAAAAAUAAAUGUUUUAAGAAGAAAAACUAAAAACGUUCAUGUGCCUUUCCAAACGUAAUUUUUUCUAGAAAGUUUCUUUCUAUGAAAUAACGUAUAAGAUAAAUAUAACGAAGCACGAGUACCUUUAAUUUGCAGUCUUCACAGAAUUAAAUAGCGAUAAAGUUUAUCAUUUUGAUUUUAAAUGUUUAUUUAAUUUUUUUUUUCUUUUCAAACUAGUAUUAGAACCAUUUACGUUAUUAAGUAUCAUUGAUUCCAUAUCAUCUGUUAUAUCCAUCAUUUCUUUGUGAUUAUUAUUUCUUGGUAUUCUGCCUUCAAAUCUUUUGUAUACUAUUCAAUAAAGGAAUAUUACAUUACAUAAAAAUUCAAAACAGUUAGAUAUACAUGUACAAAUAAGUUUACAUAGUAAAACUUACUUUCUGUUACUUUAGAAAAAUCAAAUACUUGAAAGUUGUGGGAUUUAUUGUCACCGCCAGCAGAAAAAAUAAAAGGAUUAUCUGGGUUUGAUGCGACACAUAAUAGAGCACCCAGUUUAGUUUUUUUUUCCCAAACACAUACUGGUUCCUCAUGCUUAACAAUAUCCCACACUUUUAUGUUGCCAUCAUUUGCAGACGUAAGAAGAAGACCGGGACAUGACGUACUUAGAAUCAAACCUAAAAUCAUAAAUUCAUAAAUAGAUUUCUAAUUAGUAUGUAAAAAUGUUAUUUAUAUAUAACUAUUGUAAGUAUGUACCCGUAACUUCUUUUGUGUGAGCUUCUAUGUUCCAAAUUGGUUUAUCUUGCCUGAUAUCAAAAUAUAACAUGUAUCCAUCAUUUGUGCUUGCCUAUGAUAUAAGUAUUAAUACACGAUAAUAAAAACUUU